GCUGAUCUUCAGGUUUGUUUUUGUUUACCUCUUAGCUGUUUGAUAUUUCCAUUUAAAAUUCAUUAAAAAAACAUGGAAAAGAAUUUAGAUCAAGUGAUGGACGAAAUCUGUAGCAGUCCAGACGUAAUAGGAUGCAUAUUUGCCGACCAACAAGGACUUUGUCUAGGAGCAAAAGGUAAAGUAACAAAUGAAACUGCUGGGUUUAUCACGGCAAUGGCAAAUCAAGCAUCCAAAUUAGAGCCGAACAAUCAAAUGCCAAUUAUAGUCUUAGAAAAUGAUACUCAGCUUUGUAUGAUACGAAAGACCGGACCUUCUGGCACAAGCACUGGUGCCAUAUAUAAGAAAAAAUUAGCUUAAUUAAAUUUUUAAAUAUCUCUAUGUCAUUACCACUUAAGCUUUUUAUAUUCUACCAAACAAAAAAAUAAUAAAGCAAUACUAUUUUUCAAAA